GGUCAAUCACACUACAUUUCCCAGCCAUGCAUCCGUCUGAAUCCUUCAAAUAGCUGGUUUAUAACGAAGUUGUUUUGCUUUAUCCGCUGUUGAAGAGCCGCAGACCGACAAGAGAGUAGAACAGAUUGGGUGACUUUGACACACAAAGCUCAGAGUUGAAGCAACAAAAGCGCUCAUAUGUUGGUAAAAGAAGAUGAAAGGACAUGAUUUGGGAAAGGACUGUCUGGCAUCUGGUUCUGCGUACAGGGCCGUACCGUCCAGAGAGACCUUACGCGGGACAGAGGGAGACCAUAUCGACCUGUCUAAAGUCCAGGAUGCUUUUGAAAUGGCAGCGAGAGCCGAGGGUGGCCUGUCAUUGGAUGGGGGUAAUGCCACUCAUGCAAAAGAAUUGGAAGAUGAAGUCGGGAGAAGCAAAUACCACCACAGUGUCUGUGUGCUUAAGCCCUUCCGCUCUACCAGCAAGCAUCAGCAUCCGGUGGACAAUGCCGGCCUCUUCUCUUUUAUGACAUUUAAUUGGUUGACCUCAUUGGCUGUGCUGGCCCAUAAGAAGGGUCAGCUGUUCCUGGAGGAUAUAUGGGCGGUGUCGCAGUUUGAGAGCUGUGAGACCAAUCAUCGCCGGCUGGCCGGACUGUGGGAUGAAGAGGUCAGGUCACGAGGGGACGGGGCAUCUCUUCGUCGUGUGGUCUGGCUCUUUUGCCGCACGCGUCUUCUGCUGUCCAUCCUCUGCCUUAUGGUUACUCAACUCGCAGGCUUCAGUGGCCCAGCCUUUGUGGUGAGGCGGUUACUGGAGUAUACGCAGAUGAGUGAACCAGACCUGCCCUAUGGCCUGCUGCUGGUGCUGGGCCUAUUGGCCACCGAGAUGAUUCGCUCCUGGUCCCUUGCCCUCACCUGGGCGCUCAACUACCGCACCGGCACCCGCCUGCGUGGAGCCAUCCUGACCAUGGCAUUCCAUAAGAUACUGCGUCUGCGCAGCCUACGAGAGAAGAGCAUGGGAGAGCUGAUCAAUAUGUGUUCGAGUGAUGGACAGCGCAUGUUUGAAGCUGCUGCUGUGGGCAGCCUGUUGGCAGGAGGCCCCCUGGUGGCCGUGCUGGGAAUGGCAUACAACUUGUUUGUACUGGGGCCAACCUCUCUGCUAGGCUCUGCUGUAUUCAUCCUCUUCUACCCUACUAUGAUGUUUAGUUCCAGGCUGACGGCUUACUUCAGGAGGAAGGGAGUAGCCGUGACUGACCAGCGUGUUCAAAAGAUGAAUGAGAUCCUGAACUACAUCAAGUUUGUUAAGAUGUACGCCUGGGUUAAGGCCUUCUCACAAGCAGUACGAAGAAUAAGAGGUGAGGAGCGUCAGAUCCUGGAGCGGACAGGAUAUUUUCAGAGCAUAACGGUUGGCGUGGCACCUAUCGUCGUGGUGAUCGCUAGUGUUGCAACAUUCUCUACCCAUAUGUUGCUUGGUUAUGACCUUACUGCUGCACAGGCAUUCACAGUUGUGACUGUUUUCAAUGCCAUGACCUUUGCCCUGAAGGUCACCCCGUUCUCUGUCAAGUCUCUCUCUGAGGCAUCUGUCGCCAUAGAUAGGUUCAAGAGUUUACUCAUGAUGGCCGAGGUAAAGAUGAUCCGUGAACUUCCACGGAAUCCUUGUGCUGCCAUAGAGUUGAGUGGUGCCAGCUUGGCUUGGGAAACGGGGGGUCACAGUGCCCAGCCCUCACCCCGCGGCACACCCUACGUAGGCCUGGACCUGAGAGGGGGACACAAGAAGCGCCGGCAACGUGAUGAUCCAAGACAUCAUGGGAUGAUGGAGGAGGAACAGAAUGGUCGUCUGUUGAAUGAUGUGUCUGGAGACAUGGCCUCCAGCCCUGACGAUCAAACCCUUCAAGUGCCAACCAUCAGCCAACGGCUGCAAAGAACUCUCCACUGCAUCGACCUCACUAUACAAAAGGGGAAGCUGGUUGGUGUCUGUGGCAGUGUGGGAAGUGGCAAAACAUCUCUCAUCUCUGCCAUUCUUGGCCAGAUGACUCUUUUAGAGGGGACCGUUGCCGUUAAUGGAGAUUUUGCGUACGUGGCUCAACAGGCCUGGAUUCUUAAUGCAUCCUUCCGUGACAAUAUCCUGUUUGGCAAGGAAAUGGAGGAAGAGAGGUAUCAAGCUGUUCUGAGUGCUUGCUGCCUGAGACCAGAUCUGGCCAUCCUUCCUAAUGCUGAUCUGACUGAGAUUGGAGAACGUGGCGCCAACCUCAGCGGUGGGCAGCGCCAGCGGAUAAGCCUGGCUCGAGCUUUAUACAGCAACAGGGACAUUUACAUUCUCGAUGACCCUCUAAGUGCUCUGGACGCUCAUGUCGGAAAUCACAUCUUCAACAACGCCAUAAGGAAGCAGCUGCGUGGCAAGACUGUCAUUUUCGUCACUCACCAGCUUCAGUACCUGGUGGACUGUGAUGACGUGAUCUUCAUGCGUGAUGGCAGCAUCACAGAACAGGGCAGCCAUGAGGACCUGAUGAAUCUGAAUGGAGACUACGCUGCCAUUUUUAACAACCUUCAACUUGGAGAAACUCCAAUCAUUGAGGUUCCGAAUAAGAACUCUGGCAGUUCCUUGAAGAAACCUGUAGAGAAAAAGAAGGCAGGAUCUGUCAAAAAAGAAAAAUCAUCCAACCAAAAUGAAGGUCAGCUGAUGCAGGUGGAAGAGCGAGGGAAGGGCUCAGUGCCCUGGUCGGUGUAUAAAGUGUAUAUCCAGGCUUUAGGAGGUCUGCCCGUCUUCCUCCUCAUCCUAGCCCUUUUUGUUCUUAAUGUGGGCAGCACAGCCUUCAGCAACUGGUGGCUCAGCUACUGGAUCAAACAGGGCAGCGGGAACACCACAGUUCAGGUGGGGAACAGUUCGGUAUUGAGUGAGAGUAUGCGAGAUAACCCGAUGAUGCAACACUAUGCUGCUGUUUACACUAUGUCUAUGGGGAUCAUGCUCCUUCUCAAACUACUGAGAGGCAUCGUGUUUGUCAAGUGUACUCUCCGUGCUUCCUCAAAGCUCCAUGACGAACUAUUCCAGAAGAUUCUUCGUAGUCCCAUGAAAUUUUUUGACACCACGCCCACAGCACGCAUACUCAACAGGUUCUCAAAAGACAUGGAUGAAGUGGACACUCGUUUGCCGUUCCAGGCCGAGAUGUUCAUUCAGAACGUGAUCCUUGUGCUCUUCUGCUUGGGUGUGAUUGGCAGCGUGUUCCCCUGGUUCCUGGUUGCAGUGGGGCCACUGGUCCUGCUCUUUACUGUGCUGCACGUGGUUUCUCGGGUCUUCAUUCGAGAACUCAAACGAUUAGACAAUGUCACACAGUCGCCUUUCCUGUCCCACAUUGCCUCCAGCAUUCAGGGCCUGACAACAGUGCAUGCUUAUGGCAAACAGGACGAAUUCCUGCACAGGUAUCAGGAGCUGCUGGAUCAGAAUCAGGCUCCCUUCUAUUUGUUUAGCUGCGCCAUGCGUUGGCUAGCUGUGCGUCUGGAUGUGAUCAGCGUGGCUCUCAUUAGCAUCACAGCUUUGAUGAUUGUCCUCAUGCACGGCCAGAUUUCUCCCGCCUACGCAGGCCUGGCCAUUUCCUAUGCUGUGCAGCUCACUGGAUUAUUCCAGUUUACUGUUCGCUUGGCUUCUGAGACUGAGGCUCGUUUCACCUCAGUAGAGCGAAUCCAUCAUUACAUCAAGUCUCUGUCUCUGGAGGCCCCUGCACGGGUGAAAAAUAAGGCUCCUCCAUCUGACUGGCCCCAGGAGGGUGAGAUUGUGUUUGAUGGAACAGAGAUGAGGUACAGAGACAACCUCCCGCUGAUACUGAGGAAAGUUUCCUGCACCAUUCGACCAAAAGAGAAGGUCGGCAUUGUGGGACGAACAGGCUCAGGGAAGUCGUCUUUGGGAGUGGUUCUCUACCGGCUUGUUGAACCUUGUGGCGGCUCCAUUAAAAUUGACGGUGUCAACAUCUGUGACAUUGGCCUUGCAGAUUUGCGCAGCAAACUGUCAAUCAUUCCUCAGGAGCCAGUGCUUUUCAGUGGUACUGUCAGAUCCAACCUGGAUCCAUUUAACCAGUAUUCAGAGGAGCAAAUCUGGGAUGCCCUGGAGAGGACACACAUGAAAGAAUGUGUGUCUCAGCUGCCCCUAAAGCUGGAGUCCGAGGUGGUUGAAAAUGGAGAGAACUUCUCUGUGGGUGAGAGGCAGCUGCUCUGUGUGGCCAGAGUUCUUCUGAGACAGUGCAAGAUCUUGAUCCUGGAUGAGGCCACAGCGGCUAUGGACACAGAGACUGAUUGUUUAAUUCAGGAGACGAUUCGUAAUGCUUUCCAGGACUGCACCACUCUGACUAUCGCACAUAGACUUCACACGGUGCUCAGCUGUGACCGUAUCAUGGUGCUCAAUCAGGGCCAGGUGGUGGAAUUCGACGAGCCGUCCAAGCUUCUGGCCAAUGAAAACUCUCGCUUCUGUGCAAUGCUGGCAGCAGUGGAGAACAAAAUCUCUGUAAGAGGCUAAAGGAUGUUCGAGCCAAGGUUUCACUCCCAAGGACUGAAGGGAACAUUGUCCAUUAAUAUUCCAGUCACUGCUGCUUCAAUGUUACUCCUUCCUUCAGACCUGUAGGGACCUGGGGAGGGAGAUUAUUGUAUUUCCAUGAAACUCAUGGGCUGUCAUUAGGGGCAUGCCUGUUAAGAUGUACUACUCGUAAGCUUAAAUGGUUAGGUCAACAAACACUGAGACUGUAAUGAUAUUUACUUGAUGGAAGGGGGAAAUCAGUUUUCAUGUAGUUCCAUUCAUGCAAACUGGUAUGUUUUACAGAGUAUACACCGAUCAGCCACAACAUUAAAACCUCCUGCCUAAUAUUGUGUAGGUCCCCCUCGUGCCGCCAAAAAAACGCCAACCCAAAUCUCAGAAUAGCAUUCUGAGAUGAUAUUCUUCUCACCACAAUUGUACAGAGCGAUUAGCUGAGUUACCGUAGACUUCGUCAGUUCGAACCAGUCUGGUCUUUCUCCUUUGACCUCUCUCAUCAACAAGGUAUUUCCAUCCACAGAACUGCCGCUCACUGGAUGUUUAUUGUUUUUGGCACAAUUUGGAGUAAAUUCUAGAGACUGUUAUGUGUGAAAAUCCCAGGAGAUCAGUAGUUACAGGAAUACUCAAACCAGCCUGUCAGGCACCAACAAUCAUCCAUGCGAUUAUCUAAUCAGCCAGUCAAGUGGCAGCAGUGCAGUGCAUAAAAUCAUUCAGAUACGGGUCAGGAGCUUCAAUUAAUUUUCAUAUCAACCAUCAGAAUGGGGAAAAAAUGUGAUCUCAGUGAUUUGGACCGUGGCAUGAUUGUUGGUGCCGGAUGGGCUGGUUUGAGUGUUUCUGUAACUGCUGAUCUCCUGGGAUUUUCACACACAACAGUCUCUAGAAUUUACUCAGAAUUGUCCCAGAAACAAAAAACAUCCAGUGAGCGGCAGUUCUGCGGAUGGAAAUGCCUUGUUGAUGAGAGAGGUCAACGGAGAAUGGCCAGACUGGUUCGAACUGACAAAGUCUACAGUAACUCAGAUAAUCACUCUGUACAAUUGUGGUGAGAAAAAUAGCAUUCUGAGAUGCGGGUUGGCACUGUUUUGGCGGCACGAGGGGGACCUACAUAAUAUUAGGCAGGUGGUUUUAAUGUUGUGGCUGAUCGGUGUGUAUAUAUAUAUCUCUGUGUAUAUAUAUUUACAAGGUGGUUGCAGAGUCCUUUUGUAUUGGUUCUGCUGGUCUAUGUACAGUAUGUAAUAUACAUUCAGAUGUAUCAUAUUUCAUUACUGUUCAAUAUUUUUGACAACUUGACCAUCUUCAGUACAUGUGUAACUGUUGUCUUGUGACUUGAACCCUAAACUCUGGCACAGGUGAUGUUGUCCACAGGAUUUUGUAAAAGCACUGAGUAGGUGGGACUCUUAAAGAGAAACAGUGCUGCUUAUUCACUGUCUCCUUGAUCAGCACACCAAGGAUUCAGUCUUAUUUAGCUAAGAGGCCUUGUAUAUUUAUAGCCUAUUUCCACUGUUAACAUUUCCUUGUACCUUUUGUUUUUCCUCUAAUGUGGUCUUUUUUGCUUUAUAUUUUACAUAUGAAUGCAUUUCUUAUUUCGGCUUGUUUUUGCACUUUUGCAUCCAAAGAGGAUUUCAUCUGCUCCCCCUGUUGAUCUCAGACUAGACAUGCUUGUCAAGCAUAAUCUUAAUGGGCCAAAUUUGCUAGAACCAGUGUUUUGUUUUUGUGUUACAUUGUUUAUCACAGCAGUGGUGCAACGAGAUCACAUUGAAUGGAACUCCUGUAUCAGGUUGUGAUGGUCAUCUGUGGUCUGCAUGAAGGGAAAUUUGAUUUUGAACAAGCCCUCUCAUCAGACCCUGCAGAAUUGGUUGUUAUUUCCAUUACGUUUCAUAGCCUUAGCAUGAUUUCUUAAUUGCCUUGUGAAAAGGGUGGAAUGAGAGGAGGAGAGAGCACUCUCCACAGUCUCAAUAAAUUUAUUUUAGGUUUA